CCUUUUGGGGUUUAAUAUUUUAAUUUUGUUUAAUUUUCAUUUGUUCUGUAAUGUUUUUUAUUCAGAGGAGGUGGUCAGUUUAUGUGAAUUCUUCAAGUAAUUUUGCCGUGUCAUCGCUGAAUCGCCUGUGAGUGCAAGCUCUCUCGCUAGAGUGUAGUAGGCAGAAGGCAGCCGCCUGGCGAGUCGCGACUCGCUUUACAGAAUGGCUGUUCUAUUCUGCUAGACGAACAUGUAUGUGUGUGUGUGUAAGCGUUUUCAUGUGCCUCUCUCAGUUUUUGCCUGAUCUUUUGCAAAAUGGACAUUAAACCCUUCGCAAAUCAAAGUGAUGCACCUUCAUCUGUGACAGCAGAACUCUACUUCUUGAUCGCCCGAUUACUCAGCCAGGGCCCUUGCCGAAAUGCUUCAGAGGCGCUACAACGGGAGUUGGAGAUACACGGGUUGUUACCAAAACGGAUCGAUUGGCUCGGGAAUGAACACGAUCAAACUUAUGCACAAGUGUGCCAAAAUUUUUCACAUGUCGGUAGCAACCAUUUGCUAGAAUUAUGCCGGCGAUUGGGUCCGUUAGUAGACAAGGAGGUGCCGACCAACGUCCGAGGUGUUCACUCAUUGCUGGGCGCCGGACGACAGUCAAUACUCCGUCGUAAAGAGGAUCAAGUAAGAAAACUCCAUCGUGAGCACUAUGUUGUACGACAGAACAAGAAACCUCGGUUAUUUCCACAUGACAUCACUCACCCACCUAAUGCAGUUUCGCUGUUGUUCGGGCGUGAAUUUACGGGGUCGUUCGACCAACGAGGUAUUGCUCCCGCGAAACUCUACAGCCGGGUUCAGCUGUUUUGUCGCACGCUAGGCCAUCUUUCAGCUGUUUAUUGUGUCCUCUUCGAUCGGACUGGCCAAUACAUUUUUACGGGAGCCGAUGAUCUUCUGAUCAAAAUCUGGAGUGUUGUUACGGGCCGCUUGUUAGCUACUCUCCGUGGUGCCUCAGCGGAGAUCGCCGAUUUGGCCGUUAGUUGCGAUAAUUCGUUGCUGGCAGCCGGAUCAUGCGAUAAAAUUGUUCGCGUCUGGUGCCUUCGUACUACUGCCCCCAUUGCAGUAUUGACUGGUCAUGGAGGUACAAUCACUUCCAUCAACUUUUGUCCUGCAGAUAGAGGCUCGGUUCACUAUCUGGCAUCUACUAGUUCUGAUGGCUCGGUUUCCUUUUGGGAAUAUGUUAAAGAGCCGGGUCAGAUACCAAAAUUCUUUCCUAGACCUCACAAGUUCAAUGAGAAAAUCAGGCCUGGUCAAGCUCAAAUGUUGUGUGCUUCGUUUAGCCCAGGUGGCAUGUUUAUGGCUACUGGUUGCGCUGAUCAUCACGUCAGGGUGUAUGCCAUGUUUGGACAAGAAGGACCUGAGCGUAUUCUUGAACAGGAAGCUCAUUCUGAUCGAGUGGAUUCCAUCCAGUGGGCCAAUACAGGCCUUCGUUUCAUUUCGGGCAGCAAGGAUGGUACUGCGCUAAUAUGGCGUUAUGAACGACAAGAAUGGCGAACUGUCCGCUUAAGGAUGAGUUGUCGCCUUGAAGGUGCCAGCAGUGCCACAGCCGAGGAACUGAGUCAAAAACUGAAAGUCACUAUGGUUACAUGGAGCCGUGAUGACCGUUACCUCAUUACGGCUGUAAGUGACUUCUCCAUCAAGCUUUGGGAUUCAUCAACUGGUAUCCUGCGCAAAGAACUGAGAGGACACGAAGGCGAGGCAUUUGUUUUGGAGUCCCACCCCUACGAUCCCAAUGUGCUGUUGAGUGCCGGGCACGACGGUCGUCUUUUGAUUUGGGACAUGUCCAAAGGCGAGGUAAUGAAAUCGUUCCUGAACUUCAUUGAUGGUCAAGGGCAUGGAGCAGUUUUUGACGCCAAAUGGAACCCAUCCGGCUCAACGAUUGCUGCAACGGACUCUCAUGGCCAUUUAUCAAUCUAUGGCAUAGGGCCGAGUGAAUCAUUUAAGAAGUUACCCAAAGCCAUUUUCUUCCAUACGGACUAUCGACCGUUAAUUCGGGAUGCUCAUCAUCAUGUGCUGGAUGAGCAAACGCAGUUGGCGCCCCAUUUGAUGCCUCCUCCCUUCCUGGUCGACAGCGAAGGCAACCCGUACCCUCCUCAUAUGCAAAGAUUAGUGCCUGGCCGAGAAAAUCUUAAGGAUGAUCAGCUGGUUCCUACUGUGGUGGUUAAUGCGAACGGCGAACAAGAAAUAUUGGCAGGAGUAGAGAUGCCUGUACUGCCCGGUGCUGAGGUCGCGAAUAACCCACCAGUUGUUGUGUCCCCUCCGCAAUUCGUUCCUCAGCGUACUCGUUCAAACAUUGAUCAGAUGAUUGCUGAGCUGGCACACCAGCAGGAAAGGCAACGAAAUCGUCCUCGCUCUUCUACAACGGCGGCAGUCGCUGCAGCGUCAGGAACCAAUUCUUCAACUUCUAGCGUUCCACCCAACAGCGACCACUCGUAUACGUCUCGAACACCCCACACCGUCCAUAACCGUCCGUUACUUGUUGCAUCUGGCAGCACCAAUUCUCCCAGAGCAUCUGUUACGCCUGAUCCAGCAUUUAACGAAACUGAUGGUGAUGCUGCCCAGAAUGAUGAUUCCGUAAACCUGUCAACUGAAGCCACUGCUUCCGAAUCUCUGCCCGGUUUCAGCCGCCGUGUUAUUGUGAAACCACUCACCAUAGGCCAGUUAGCCAGCGUAAAAAACGAAAGGCAAGGUUGUGCGGAUGAGGAAGUGACUUUAUUCUACCAAGAAGUCCAACGCAAGUCGCCCAACAUCUUCCUCAACACAUCGGUAUCUCCGGGUAUCACCGCUUUGUUGGCUGCUCGUUCACAUGGCGUGAGUGACGAUGGUUGGUCGCCUUCUCGUCCUCGACGAGGUCACCCAUCUCGUCCAGCUCGAACCUACCAGCGAGAACGCAAUGUAGUCUCAUCACCUGCUCGUUCACGUAUACCGCCUGUUUCACCUGCGAGACGCACUAGUGCUAUAAUGGCCCCCCCUCAACAACCGAACCAGCAACAUAACUACAGGACUAGAGCUAAUCGAACGACCAAUGGGACUCGGGACCGUAUAAGAGAAGGUGCCAGUGAUGGAACGAGAGAGAGAAGUCGACGUGUAGUUAGACGAGUGGUUUCAACAGAUGAAGACGAAGAGGUGGAUAUCGAAGUAGAGGAGAGAAGGAGCAGUCGCCGUACAUCACCGAGAGACGAAGACUCUGGUGACGAAGAAGAAACUCGACGAACCCGUAGCAAUGCUCGACAACGUCCACAAACCCGUAACGGUGAUGCAUUAUCAACAAGUGAUUCAGAUGACAGCGAAAGUGAAAGCGAUCUUGCCAGUGAUCUGCUAGAUAGCGAUGAUUCGGAUUCAGAGACACGCGGAUCAUCGUCUUCGUCAUCUUCUGAAUAUUCGGAUUGGACAGCCGAAGCAGGAGUCAAUUUGGAACCACCGAAGAGGACUAGAAAGAAAGUUUAUCGAAGGCCACGUUGCCUGUCGAGUGAAGAAGAGACUACAACCGCAUCAACUUCUGCCCAGCCAGCGAAUGCUGAAGCUGAGGAAGGUGAAGGGAGUCAGCCUGGGCCGAAGAAAAGACGGGCUCCGAUUCCUAAAGCUGGAUCAGGAGGAUUGGACCGUAUUCCAGAGAGCUUCCGACCGUCCGAAUGGUUAUCGUCGGUGGUCCCACGUAGGCAACCUUUCUACCCCCAAAUGGGUGACGAAGUCAUUUACUUUAGACAAGGUCACGAGCAAUACGUUGACGCUAUAAAUCAGAAGAAACUCUUCGACCUCAAUCCGCGUUCACUUCCCUGGUCCAGUCAGACCAUUCGUGAACAAGAGUUGGUUAAAAUCAUUGGCAUUAAAUACGAAAUUAAACCUCCAAGGCUCUGCUGCCUAAAGCUCGGCUUAAUGGAUCCUGCGACUGGAGUGUUGACAGGCGAAUCGUUCACUUUAAAAUAUCACGAUGUGGCUGAUGUGCUUGAUUUUUUGGUGCUAAAGCAAAAUUACGAAUUAGCUAUUCAACGAAACUGGCAGCCUGGGGAUCGGUUCCGUAGCAUCAUUGAUGACUUGUGGUGGGAAGGCCAGUUGGAGACGCGUGAACCUUUUCAGCCACAGUGCCCCGAUUCCAUGUUCUUAUGUUACCGCAUCAGAUGGGAUAACGAUGAAGUUGACCGCCUUAGUCCGUGGGAUUUGGAGAAGAUCGAUUUAGAGAGGAGACCUACUAGUGCUGGCACCGGUGUUCCAGUGAUACCUGCCGAGAUCGCCAUGACACUGUAUCAGCCGCGGGCCGAAGAUUGGCCCCCAGGUGGUGAUCGAGACUCAGAGUGCGAUCGCAUCGCCGCCGGAAUCAGCCAAGUUAUGGGCCUAGCUAUAGCCGAACCUUUUGCUGCGCCCGUCGACCUUAAUUUGUACCCAUCUUACGCUUACGUCGUUGAAUAUCCAAUGGAUCUCUCAACUAUAAAAGCUAGGCUGGAAAAUCGCUUCUAUCGCCGUGUGACUGCCGUCCAAUACGACGUGCGUUACGUCUUCACCAACGCUUGCAAAUUCAAUGAACCCAAGUCGGAUAUUGUGCGAUCGGCUUCCAUCAUUUCUGAUUUGUGUCUGGAAAUUAUUCGCAAUCGCGAUUCCGUGGACGCCACAGCUUUGUAUCAUCAACUCGUGGAGAAGUAUAAAAUUCGCGACGAAAGUGCUAAUGAAAACGCUACUGCCGGCCCAAGUACUAGCAAAGGAGCUGACACAAAAAGAAAUGAAUCUGCGCCGAAUACUCCCAAUACCCGUUCAAAGAGUCGUCGUAAUUCUGAACACACGAACUCGGAUUCGGAUAAUGAUUCGUCAAAAGCCAAAGGCAAAAAUGGAACUAAUAGUGCUAAAUCAAAGGAAAAGAAAAUUAAUACUCGAAUAGCUAAAGCAGCUGCCCUGAGCUGGAAGCAGCAGUGUAAGGAUUUACUAGAAAUGUUGCAUAAUUCCGAAGAUGGAGGACCUUUCCGCGAACCUGUCAACAUCCUGGAAGUACCUGAUUACCUCCAGGUUAUUGAUCAUCCGAUGGAUUUGCUGACAGUACGCGAACAGCUUCAGGUCAGCAAUUAUGCCACACCGAUGGAUUUCACAAAGGACGUCCGCCUUAUCUUUGAAAAUUCCAAAAACUUCAACACCAAUAAGAAAUCCAGAAUUUAUGCAAUGACGGUUCGGUUAUCGGCUGUCUUUGAAGAGCACAUACGAAGUAUUCUUGCUUCUUAUAAAUAUCGUAAAAAUACGGGAAGGAAAUCCAAGAGUCCGCAUUCAAAAGGUACCAAAUCAAGGAAGGGCAAAUCUUUGGCCCCUCCUAACGCGGCUAGGGGCAUUAAACUAGAGAAUGGCGUCGAACUACCCAGAGAAAACAUUAAAAUCGUCCUUAGUCGCGUGAACAAAGGGCAGAUUGUCGUCCAGCCAAGCUCUUCCACUCAAACAACUGAUGCUGGUGUUGGAUCGGUCCGUAGACGCAUCCUCGAAGAAGAUGAACCUGGUGCGUCGAAUCAUUCCGUCCUUCCCAAUGGAAAUUCGGUUCACACAAGUGAAGAUAUCGAUGUGAAACCUGGUCCAAGUGGCUUAUCUGCUUCCGCAUUGGCACCUACAACUAACGGUUUAGGUAAGCGGGGACCGAAGCGAAGGAUCGUCAGUGAUGAUGACUAUGAGGAGGAGGAGGAUGACGACGACGACCAUGAAGCAACUCUACUCAUUCCCAAAGAGGAAGAGAGUUUAGGGUCUCCUGAUCAAAAUAAAUCUCAAGAAGAUCUGACUAAAGGAAAAGCUUUGAAAAAACGAGACGCUUCUGCUGUUUUGAGAAGCGGUCAAGAAGAAAGCAGCUCUGAAGAUGAAAAACCAAUCAGCCAAAGAAGACGGUUGCCAAUGGCCAAAGUGCCUGUUCCAGUUGUUAAAGAAGAAGACGUACGUCCAUCAAGUAGCUCAUCCAAUGGCAGCUCGGUCAGCAAAGGCAAUAGUUCUAAUAGUGGAAGUUUGUGCGAAGAUGGGAGCUCUUUACGACGCUCAGGUCGGGCCCGUCGUAAACCUAAAAGACCUUUUGAUUCAGAGCCCAGUGAAAAUGAAGAAAAAUCCCCAGCAUUAGCCGAAGGUCGAAAACAUCAGCCGAGGGCCGUUCGCACUCGAAAUGGUGGAAAACGCACCGUUCGUUACCGCGAGGACUCGGAGGACGAAGCUAAAAAGAGAAAUAGCCGCCAAACAGGUGAGUCGAAAGGAAAUAGCAGCCGAUUGGCCAGAAAAGUAAAUAGUGAUGACGACGAUGAUGAUGAUGACCACGAAAACGAGGAUCCCAGAGUAAAAAAACAAGAAAACGGAAGUAUCAAAAGAUGUAGCCGACAGUCUGCUCAAGAAGCAUCCAAGAGAUUGCGUACGGACUUGGCCACGUCGUCCGACGAUGACGAUGUACCAGCCAUACCUACAUACGCUGUGAGCAGCCGAGGAAGGCUCCGCAAAAUUAUCAACCACUCACAUCAGGAUUCGUAUUCUGAAUGAACAAUGUUAGAUCACAAAUUGAGUUUAUCAAUCCAUUUACGACAUCAAAAGUCAGUUGAUAGCCACCUUGGCGCAAAUUUCACGAGACAAGAGCCGGUUUGGCGCUUUUUAAUAGAUGGAGCAUAUUCCUCGUCGCCGCCUAUACCUCACCUUCCACUAAACAUACACCCUUCCAAAUUUUCUUAGAUAGACGACAUGUCAUGACUGAAAAAUGAUCUCUUAACUUCCCCCUUACCAGAAAAGCAUGGACACCUAUCCUCCUCCCAGAGUGGCCUAAUCAUAAAUUGAAUAUAGUUUGCCGAUUAUUACUUUGCACAUGCAUUCUUUAUGUUUGAUUAUUUUUGUUUCUUUGACGAUCCAUUUUGCUUAACUCUUAUAGAAUAAUCCCCAUUUUUUUGCUAUCAGAUCGUGUUUCUGUAGUGUGGAAGCAGUGCCUUUUGCAGUGACGAUUAACACUCAUGUUUGUCCACUUGUCAAAUGGGUUCCGUUUGAAUAAACAUCCGUGUCUUCUAA